AUGGGCGUCUUCCGCAUAGCAAGAAAGGCUAUAAUGCCAACCCUGCUCGCCACUUCCACAGGCGCAGCAUACCUCGCUUCGCAAAACCCCGUCAUCUCCCCGCUCCCAGCCAACGAUCCCAUCUGGUCCUCACGCCUUUUCCGAAGAGCCAACCCCAACGGAAACCCCGCUACUCAGGAUGUUGUUAUCAAGAGAAUCCCGCUAGAGAAGAUUAAGCCUGAGCUUUUGCAAAAGAAUGGCGACCUUGCGUUGGAGUUUUGUCGUGGUGUUUGGAGUGGUUGGGGCUACGCUAUUCAGCGCAGAUAUCUCAGCCUCAAGUACCGCGGUCCCGAGACAGAGGGUCAACUUUGGGAUCCCGAACAACUCGCCACAAGCAACUACGACAGAGGAACUGCCAUUACGGAUCAUUUCGAGGUGAUUGAAAAAUCAAAGGAUUCCAUCACCGUUCGUUGCGGUGACUCACCACGCAACCAGCCCUUCCGUCCCUCAGACGGUCUCUUCCAGAUCAGCGCCACCAUCGACAAGCAGAACGAGGAGGUUGAGCUGCGCCUCAAGAGCGUUCUGUUCUCAAGCGAAGGCAAGAUUACAGGUAACAAGGGACCUAUGCCUGGUUGGAUGACCGAGUUGCAUCAGUGGUAUGCUAGGAUCUGGGCUGAGACUGGUUCUUGGAGACUUCUUAAGUAA